GGAGCUGGGGGAGGACGGUGGCCCGCGAGGCUCGUCGCAGACAACGCGGCGGCGAUGUCCGCGAGCCAGAGCACAAAGUUAUCAUUGUUGGAUUGGAUAAUGCAGGAAAAACUACCAUCCUUUACCAAUUUUCUAUGAAUGAAGUUGUACAUACAUCCCCUACGAUAGGAAGUAAUGUAGAAGAGAUAGUGAUUAAUAAUACACGUUUCCUAAUGUGGGAUAUUGGUGGCCAAGAAUCUCUUCGUUCUUCCUGGAAUACUUAUUAUACUAACACAGAGUUUGUAAUAGUAGUUGUGGACAGUACAGACAGAGAGAGGAUUUCUGUAACUAGAGAAGAACUCUACAAAAUGUUAGCACAUGAGGACCUAAGAAAAGCUGGAUUACUGAUUUUUGCUAAUAAACAAGAUGUUAAAGAAUGCAUGAGUGUAGCAGAAAUCUCCCAGUUGAAGCUAACUUCUAUUAAAGAUCAUCAGUGGCAUAUCCAGGCAUGCUGUGCUCUUACUGGCGAGGGGUUAUGCCAAGGACUUGAAUGGAUGAUGUCACGACUUAAGAUUAGAUGAUCUCUACUGACCUCCUCUCAUAGACUUUGCAUAAACAAAGUGCUGGACUUUACCUGAAAGCUGCAAAAAUUAAUGGUUUAGAUAUAUUUAUAAUAAACUGAUUUCAAUUUUUUUUCUAUAAGAAGAAAAAUUAAGACCACUUAUUUGAAAACAAGAUGAAGUCUCACCUUCCAAUUUGCUUUCUCAUUAGUUCCUUCCAAAGUACUUUAUUAAAGCUGUGAUUGAAAUUUUUCUCAAUGAAUCCUCUCAGGACAAUGUAUAGCCUGUGGUAAGUACAAAGGGAGAGGAAAAUGUUUUGAACUUUAAGAGCUUUAUUAUCAGUAUACCCCUCCCUAAUUGAAUGUUGUUCUCUUCUUGUUCCUAAGUCAAAAUACAAAUCAGCACAGAUACUGUUUCCAAUAUUUUAAAUGUCAUGUUACUUAUGAAAAAAAGUAUUUUGCUUAAGGUUGUGUAUGUAUUAUGUAUAUACCUCAAGUUCAAUUUAAUGACUUUGAUUUAUGUUCUAAAGAAAAGCAAAUAACACAAAAAUUGGUAAUAUCCUUAGUUAUUGCCCUAAUGAGAUAAGAACUGGCAUUGAUGUUAAGUGCCAUUUUAUACUUUUCCUGUAUGUUCUCUGUAUUGUACUAACCAACGCCCUCCGCCAAAUCAUUGAACUGCUCUUAAAAAAAAAAAAAAAAAAAAAAAGAUACAGGAAAAAGCUUGACAUUGUAUACCUAUUUUUGUUGACCCAUAACACACAUGGAAACAUGUAAUCCAACUGAGUGAAAUAUCUGUCAAAUUCUUGGCUUUACCAGUUGACAGAAUUGCACAUUGAGCAUUUAUCAGAUUAUUCCUUGUAUUGGUCUAAAUUACUGAAUAGAUUGUUAAUCCAUUUAUCAGUCAAUCAUAAGUUGCGAUUAAAACUAUCAAGUGAUUUCUUCUUAAUUAAGAACUAUUGUGUGAAACAUGUCUACCCAGAGAGGUAACAUUCUAUAAAUAUUAUUAAAUAAUUUAGCUACAGUCUUCUUAAGUAUUAAACUAUAUAUGUCAAGCAGUUCAAGAGAAUUUGAGAGUACAAGUAAGGCAUAAAAAUUUUCCAAGAAACAUUUUAAAUUUUUUAAUUUGUAGAUUUCUUCUUAUUUUAGGAGUUGGAAUACUUUUGAGUUUUUUUGUUUCUGUAAGUUGUCUUAUAUCUUAUUUCACCAUGUAAAUGUAUUGUUUAACAAUUAAUAAUGGCAAAUUUUUUAAUGCUGUUGGCUGAAAAACUGAUUGACAUGAUAUAUUAUUUGUACUAAGAAAUAACUUGACCCAAAAUACCUUUUAUUUGCUUAGGGUUUUUUUUUUUGUCUUGUUUUGUUUUUUAUGUCUGAAAAUUGAAGGUAUUUUUGUCAUAAUUGUAAACAGAUUUAUCCUGUGUUAAAAUAUAUACUCUUAUUUGUAUAUCUUUUUUGCCCUGAAAAUUUGAAGGUUAAUCCAAACUGGCUUGUUUUAGAAUGUUCAAGAAAAGAAAUAACUAUGUUUAAUACCAACCUUUUAAAUUUCAUGAAGAUUUUGGCAGGAAUUGUAGUAUAUACUAUAAGCAUUAACAAAACAGAGAAUUUCUUUCUAUAAAAUAUAAAAUGCUCAGUAUCUAAUCCAAGUUGGUGUGGUAUAUCAGUGUUAACUUUGGAUGUUUCGUGUUUUGUAUUUAUGUUACAAUUUUCAAAAUGCAAAUAUAACAUUUAAUAUUUCUCAUGCUUUUUACAAAAGUAAAUCCUAAAUUACUAAGCUUUUUCCAUAUGUACUCAUACUUUUGAAAUUACUUGUCGCAUAUUAAAAAUUCCCUUAAAAACUCAAUUCUACUUUGCAGUUUCAUCAGAGACAAAUAUUCUUUAAUGGAGUUCCAAAAAUCCACUCUUUGUCCUUUUUAUUUUUAAUUUGAAUAAUCAUGUGCUUAGUUCCUUUGGAUUGCUGUCCUGUCACCUCAACUCAUACCGACACAUUCACUUGUCAUCAGGGUGUUGGAAAAUUUUUUUCUUCAUUGGAUGUAUAAAGAAAGCAUGCACUGCAUUGUUAUAGUUGGUUUAGUGUAAUUGAUUAUUGUCAUGAUAUCAUGAGAAUACUUGGUAUCUUACACAACAUUAACAAAACAUGACUUUUUUAUUUUCUACCCUUCUAUACUAAGCAUCAAAAAUAAAACAGUACCUGUGUACUUGUAUGUAAAACUGAAAUUGCAACUGUGAAAAAAAGAUAUAAAUUCUUCUACGAAAAUAUCAAAAUUAUUUGAACAGUAUUUUUCCAAAUAAGAUGGAGAGCCUCAUGAACAGUCAUUUUGACAAUUUAUAUGUAGUUUAAAUGAAAAUAAGCAAGAGUAAUGCUUUUGGAUUUUUAAUAAGUUAUUUUGUGGUAUAAACAACAUCUCAUUUUGGGUUAUUCGUGCUAAGCUUUGGAAAGAACAAAGAUUUAUAUCUCUACAUGUGGCUAGAUUUAAAUAUCCUGUUUUGAUACUAAUUUUGAAAGUCAUAUAACUUCUUUUGAUGGUAAAGUUACCAUAUGCUAAAACAUUAAGAUAUACUUAAAUUUGUCAUAAUAGCAUUUGUAAAGUAUAUCUUUCACAUUAUAUUGAAGGUUCUUGUUUGAAAUUUUUAGUUUUCCCUAUCUUCCCAGCACAUCAUGGCCCUCACAAUGGGCAAAGAAUACAGUGAAGGCAAGUGGGAUGGGGGCAGUGGGGAAUGGGCAUUCAUUUCCUUAUAUGAUAUUUUGCCUUAAGAAUAGAAAAGUGCUUUAGCACUGUUGGUUGGCAUAUUUAAUGCAGGUGGUGAAAGUGACUUCAGAAGUGUUACAUUAAAUGGAGAGCGGAAGAGUUUCUGGCCUUUUAAGAAGUGCCUAGUAGGUAGAUAGAGUCACAGAGAGGUGCAGGGAGCUUGAGUAAAGGUGUGAAAUCCCUGAGAUGUUCUUUUCCCUUUGUCUUGAGUGUAUAGUAUUAAGAUGCCUAGAAAUGGGACUUUAUUGUCUCUCUCAUGGGCACUUUACAUUUCUUGCUGUGACUACAGCAACCACAUACAGUACAGUCAACCUCAAAAUCUGUUUAUAUUAAUGUAAAUAGAAAAAUUAUAGAAAACUUUAAUAAUCUAGUUUUCUGUGCAGGCAUUUUUGGGAAUGUACUGUAGUCUGCUAUGCUUUGAAUAUAGGGGUUAGGAGUACAUUGUAGAUUAUCUGGAAUUUUUGGGUCAUCUCUUAAUUGCCCAGUGUAUUCUGGCAUCAAUCUCAUUUUCAAGGCUAUGUUAAUGGCAAGGUUUCUUCACAUGACUCAACUUUGACCCCUUCCACGUCUUACUUCAGAAUUGACCUUUCCCAGAGCUCAAUCAUCCUUUGCUCUCCUGUAUGUAUGUUCACUUACCAUUCAUGAAGAUAUAUUGUCUCUGUUGUAAAGGUAUAAUAAACUUUGUCUAUAACCAUUAUUUGCCAAACCACUGGUUUCUGAAUAGCUCAUCUAGUUCCUAGCUAUCUACCUACCAUUGGCUUUAUUUACUUGUUUGGACUUUGUUCCUUAAAGGUAUUUUAAGAGUUGUUGAGUCCAUCAGAAGACCAGAUUGUGGUGUAUACAGCAUAUACAUACCAAUAUUAGAAUCCAGUCAAUUAUACCAUACUUAACAUUUUAAUGCUUCUUAAUUUUUCAUAUGCUGUAGAUUCAGAAAGAUAAGAGAAAUACCUAAACUCUGCCAGUUCCUUGAGCUACUAGUAAGGUCUGGAGGAUGUUAUGUGUGCAUUAUUUUCCCAUUACCAAGAAUGCUUAUGUUUUGGAGCAUACCAGUUCAACUAAUUUAAGUUGGAAAAAGAUGCCACAUCUUUAUGUAGUGUUUAACUUAAAGACAUCCUUAAACCAUUGCCCACAUUCCAUUUUUUAUCAUGUUUUCUUAAAGAACAAAGAUCAAUAUUAUAUUGUAAAGAAAUUAGUAAUGAGAAACUUAGUUUUACAAAAUAAACCAAUUGGAAUGAACUUUUUUAAAAGAUCAGAAUAAUCAACCAUUAUGUAUUGUCUGUGUAGAUGCAGGUAUAAAACAGAAAAAAGCCUUUAAAGCUCCACUUACACAAAAGAAUAUAUGAAAGAUUGUUUUAAGAUCAUGAUAGUGGAGUAAGAGAAAGCAAGCUAGAAUAUAGCACUUUGCUAAAAAGUGAUUGCUUCUUUUUAACCCUAAAAUGGUGAGAAAUCAUGAAGAAAUGUAACAAGAUACAGAUGGAUUAGAUAUGCAAUAUUUCUUAUUGAUUGUCUAGCCCUCCCCCCUUAUAUAUUGCUCUAAAAGCUAAGUUUAAAUCUUUAUGGUAUUGUAUGCUAGAUAAUUCUAUUCUUUGGUAGAAAUUUCCCAUAGCCUGUAUUCAAGAAGUGCCUGAAAUUGAUUUGUGUUAAUUUUUAAGUCCAUCUAAUAAAUUAUGUGUUUUAUAUGGUAUUGUAUGUGCUUGUCUUACUGAUGACACAGACCUGAGGGUUUCUAAGUCACAAUUUAUGCUUUAUUUAAAUAAAAAGAUUUAAAUUUGAAGAUAUCCACCUAACCCUCAACAAGCGUAGUAUAAAUAAGCAUCAGCAAAAUCAUUUUUUCUCUUUUCUAAUAAAAAUAUUUCAUGACCUUGUCAAGUUAAUGCAGAGACUAGAAAACUGAACUCUUCCUGUUUUUUAAAAACAGUUUUAACAGAACAUUAUACUGUUUAUGUUUUAAGAUCUCAAUAAGAGUUUGUUUCUUAUAUAAGAGUAGCCUCUUCAUUUUUGGUUAGUGGUUAGCAAUUUUGAGUAUCCAAACAUUUAGUCUUCAACCAUUUCAUUUCCUUUUCUUUGUUUAGAUAGUACUUAAUCAAAAUAUUUGCUAGAAUCUUACUUAUUUCUCAUAUAUUGUUCCACACUUAGAAAACUGACCAUAGAUUAUAACUGUAAAUUCUUGAGAAAAGCUUGACUGUAUUUUUAGCAAUGUACAGUUACAUUGUGUUCAUAUUAUAAGUCAUUUUGCAUGGAAAAUGAAGUGUGUAUAUGAUUUUAAAUUAAUGUGUAUUAUUCCCCUUCCCCAAACUUCUUACAUUGAUGAUAUACAGAAUUCUAGAUCAUUAGAUUGGAGUAGCCUUUUCUUCUAUUAUGCCCCUCUAGGUUCCAUGAGAUAAGGUGAUACCUGCAAAGCACUUUUAAAACUAUUUUUUAGGUUAAUCUCCAGGAUACAGCUUUGAGGAGGCAGCUAUAUCUAAUGAGGACUCUUUUGGUUGCUAGAGAUGAGAAAAGUAUAUACUAAUAAUUUUAAUUUCUGCAUAAAACAUUUUACUAGUUAUUGAUUUUUAAAUAUGACAAAUUCUUGUAGAUAUUCUUGUUUAUCAUAUUUUCCCAGAGGAGCCUAAGUAAAAGUGUGUUCCAACUAGUCUGUUUGUAUAACCCCCACCACAAUUGCUACCCCAAAUUGAGCCGUAUGAAUAUUGACAAGUUAGAAAGCCUUUUGAAAAAUUUUGUGUUCUUGAAAUUUCAAACAUGAUGAAAGGUUUUCAGUCAAGCUUUGCAUGCAAAAAGAGGUGGAAAUUUUGUCUUAUCUCUCUGCUUUAUGAACUUGUUUCUCUGUAUACUAGGGAAAUUUCACACAGAAGGAAUAUUCCAGGAAAUAAGGAUGUUGAAGUUCUUUGAUGCUUUUGUGUUUCCUCAGUGCUGAUGUGUCAGACGUCUAGGAAAUAAUGCUUUAGGGCUUUCUGACCAGACAGCUUCAUGGAUGACUGGAGGAUAUUUAUGUGUAUUCUGAGGAAGGGAGGAAGCGGGCAGAUUGGAGUGGGGACUUUUCCAUUGGUAAAGCAGUGUAGUCAGCUGCUUUGCAGAUGUCCUACUUCACUAUACUUUUAUCAGUGUUCUUGUGCCCAUAAUUGACUGAAAUGUCAGGCUGCAGAAAUGGAAGGUGGCGACCAGGUGACCACUAGUAGAACCUUUUCAAUUUUGAAAUGGAGGAAUAAUGUCAAGGUAGUUGGGGAGGUAAUGACAAAGGUUUACUGGUGAUUUUCCAUGUUUGAUAAUGUACAUUAAACUUUAAAACAAAGUUGCAUGUUAACCUGGUAAAAAGUAUUGUCUCUGCUUUAUGCUUCAAGUAAAAAGAAAAAGACUCAAGUUUAAAUUGUUAUUCUAUUAUGUACUGUUAUAUACACCUUUUCUUUUAGAAAGGGUUAAUUAUAAUUACUCUUCACA